AAUUGAAUAAACAUUAUCUACUUGUCUUCACCUGGCAAAAAAAAUCUCAAGCGAAGAGGCCAUGGCAACGUCUCUUCUGCUUCCGAUCUAUCCUCAGUCACCUCGCCGAUCUUUAGCAAGAAGCUAUAGAUGGUAUCCGGUUCGAACCGGUUCAAAACCGGUUAGUUUAACCGUGACCAAAGCUCAAACAAGCGGUGGUGAUGGAGAGGAAAGCAUAGUGAUUGUCGGCGCCGGUAUUGGCGGUCUCGCAACCGCCGUUUCUCUUCACCGUCUUGGAGUCCGGUCCGUGGUGCUGGAGCAAGCAGAGUCGCUUCGAACCGGAGGAACCUCGUUGACGCUAUUCAAGAACGGGUGGCGUGUUCUUGACGCUAUCUCCGUAGGACCUCAGCUCCGGACGCAGUUCCUAGAAAUCGAAGGGAUGGUAGUGAAGAACGGAGAUGGAAAAGAGCUUCGUUCUUUCACAUUUAAAGAUGAAGAUCAAAGCCAAGAAGUCCGGGCGGUGGAGAGGAGAGUACUCUUGGAAACACUAGCUAACCAGCUGCCUCCAGAAACCAUUAAGUUUUCUUCAAAACUGAAAACAAUACAAAGCAAUGCCAAUGGUGACACUCAACUUGAACUCGAAGACGGAAGCAAACUGCUUGCAAAGAUUGUUAUUGGCUGUGACGGUAUCCGGUCUAAAGUAGCGACUUGGAUGGGGUUCAGUGAGCCGAGAUACGUUGGUCAUUGCGCCUUCCGAGGACUUGGUUUCUAUCCAGAAGGACAGCCAUUUCAAAACAAGGUGAACUACAUAUACGGAAGAGGGAUCCGAGCUGGAUAUGUACCUGUCUCUCCAACAAAGGUCUACUGGUUCAUCUGUUUCAACAGCCCAUCUCUAGGGCCGAAGAUAACUGAUCCAGCUAUCCUCAAAAGAGAAGCCAAAGAACUGGUUAGCACCUGGCCUAAAGAUCUGCAGGACCUCAUUGACCUAACACCUGAUGAAACAAUCAGCAGGACUCCUCUUGUAGACAGGUGGCUAUGGCCUGGCGUUGCUCCUACAGCAUCGAAAGGCAGAGUGGUUCUUGUUGGAGAUGCUUGGCACCCAAUGACUCCAAAUCUUGGUCAGGGUGCUUGCUGUGCCUUGGAAGAUUCGGUUGUUCUUGCCAAUAAACUUGCCGGUGCAAUCAAGGGAGGGAGUGAAUCAGUUGAAGAGGCAAUGGAGUCAUAUGGGAGCGAGAGAUGGUCUCGGGCGUUCCCGUUGACGGUACGCGCAAAUCUAGUUGGAGCACUUCUGCAGUGGGACAAUCCUCUUGUGUGUUCCGUUAGGGACAAUGUUGUUAUACCAAAGUUAGUGAGGCUUGGACCAAUGCUGGAACACACAAACUUUGAGUGUGAGCCACUCUUUGGUUCUUCAGAAACCUGAACUCCUUAGGCAUUGAUGUGUCUGUAUAGUGUGUACUGAGAUCAUAAUUAUUUUACUGUGAAGUCAACUUUUAGUUUUAA